GCAGAGAGAAGAGAAAAAACCUGGUUGGAUGAAAUUGACUAGAGGGGGAGAAUGCGAUAAAAAAAAAGAAGUCGGGUUCUCCUCCUGAGAGUUUUUCAAGGUGUGCAGCAGUGCCUGUGCCAGUGGGUAUUGGCGGAGGCCAUGGAACAGAAGCAAAAACCAGGCCUUCUUCCAACCAGGGUCUGCUGCUGUUGGACCCAUUGAUUUUCUCACCUGAACGUACCCAUUCUCACCUUACUUCACUCAACUGUGUCACACAACGUUAAUUGUGCUUGUUUAAGUGUGUUUUGUUAAUUAUUCAACAAGUGAUUAGCGCAGCAAAGAGAAAUUGAUUUUUGGGGAAAAAAUUUGACAGUGUUUGCUCUACCCACUACCUGUGUGCAUCACCUGAGUCAUGGCUUUCUUGUGCCCCGUGAGGAUACGCCGAGGCAAGAAGAAAAAAGCUGAUGAUAAAGACACGAUCAGGCCACCAGGUAUGGGUCGAAUUACUGGCAGUGCUUCGAUCGAAACCCUCGUCCGUGUUGGCAUUGAAAAGGAGAACGGCCUGUCACCCGACAGUAAAAUGAUCGUUUUGCACGAUUUCACGCCUUGCGUGGAUGAUGAACUAGAAGUAAAACAAGGCAACGUUGUGAACGUGCUGUACCAAGAAAACGACUGGGUCUAUGUCAUUGGCGAAGAUCAACGAGAAGGUUUUAUUCCUCAUUCGUAUUGUGCUCCUUAUACGCCACAUCUUGGAGAAAUGACGCUGACUGUAAAAAAGAAAUUACCAAGAGAUUUGGGCAUUCCCAACGCGACAGACAUUAACAACAGCUCCAGCACAGGUGGUCCAGGAGGUGGAGGAACGAGUGCUGGGGUCAGUGGAACGAAUGGUGGAGGUGAAACCACCAAUCAACAUAAUACGACUAUUAAUAGUACCCGAUCGUCUUUCUUCCCACCGGGAACGCUGGCAUUGGGUGAUGGUUCUGAUAAUGAGAGCUACGGUACGAAGUCUCUAAUGCCGGCUAAUAGUCCUCAAAGUAUGCACCAGCAACCACAACAACAACCCAGUCGACAUGUCCAAUCCAGUUCCACUCAAAGUCUCAAUUCACAACUUUCACAUCCAGAUAUUCACCCGUUUUUCAAGGAUCCGUCUGGAAGAUACAUUGUGUUGUACACGUUCAUCGCCCGAGAUGAAAAUGAUGUCAGCGUUGAACGCGGUGAAUUCGUAACCGUUUUAAAUCGUGAAGACCCCGAUUGGUAUUGGGUGGUACGCAGUGACGGGCAGGAAGGUUUCGUUCCCAGCGCAUUUGUCUAUCCAGCCGAAGCCAUACAGAGUCACGUAACUCAGGCGUGCGGUAGUCCAGUGCCGGCCAUGAGCAAUAUGAAUAACAGCAAUAAUAUGCCAACAUCGCCAACAGGGUCGGAUGACAUGCGGUACCAUGGAACCGAACUAGUUAUGCUCUACGAUUACAAAGCACAAGCUCCAGACGACUUGUCCGUGCGUAGAGGUGAUUGGGUUUACGCAGAUUUGAACAAUCAAACGGUUGACGGAUGGCUUUGGGCCUUUGCUCCGAAGUCUAGAAAGUACGGCUUCAUCCCUAAAGCUUACGCCCGUCCACCAGCCAUGACUAGCUUGUAACAUACAGACAACAAUGACAAAAAAUACUCCUUUUUUUUUAAUGUAUUAUCCCCUUCGUUGUUGCUUCCAAUUAUUCUUUUUACGAGAACUGCAAUCCUUUUAUUUAAAAAGAAAAGGUAAAUGUUACUGGUGUUCCUUUUAUGGAAGAUUAGAAAUCAUUCCAUGAAGAAAAACAAAAUGUACAUAUUGUGUUACAUGCUGAUUCCGUCCCACUAAUAUCUUGUGCACUUGUACAGCCACAAUUAACUGGAUUUAUUAUUAAAACAAGAAUGGAAUGGUUAUGAAACAAAA